AUGGUAACCACGCUCACAAGGCUUAGUACUUCAGCAACAGCGCAUUUACCUAAAUUAAGUUCUCUUAAACGAACGUUUCGGCGGAUAAGAAAUGAGGAAGAUACUUCACCACCAAACCCAAAAUCACCAAGUGAUUUAAUGAUUCCCCAAAAAUACCAAUUGACGAACGAUGAACAACCAUUUUUACUAUACGAUAGUGGUCCAAGAGAAGACCGAAUACUUUUAUUUUCAACCGAAAGAAAUUUACGUCUUAUGGAAAACUGUAAACAUUGGUAUGCAGACGGAACAUUUUCGACAUCGCCUUCAUUGUUUACUCAAAUAUAUACGAUACAUGGUGUACAGUACAGUAAUGUUUUCCCAUCAGUGUUUGCAUUAUUACCAAAUAAAAUGGAAUCUACAUAUUGUCGCCUAUUCGAAGCAUUGAAAUCAAUAAUACUUGAAUUGAAUCCGGACACGAUUAUGAUUGAUUUCGAGAAAGCGGCCAUGAAUGCCAUUUCAAAAACAUUUCCAGUUACAAAAAUUCGAGGUUGUUUUUUUCAUUUUACACAGUCCGUUUGGAGACACGUUCAACAAGCUGGACUUCAACAAAAAUAUACUGAAGAUUCAGAAUUCGCUCUACAAAUCAGAAUGAUGAGUGCCCUUAGUUUUGUACCUAUAGGCUAUAGCUAA